AUGGCAGCGCAGAAGGCUGAGGUUGGGGAAGGUCGCGCCUUCGAGAACCCAGUAGACAUGCAGACAUUUAUUAAUGGUAUAGACAUUAUAUUCGGAUUUACUUUGAGUGAUCUCCGUCAGGCUCAAAGUGCAGAUAAUGAACUUGGCUACAUGAUUGAAUGGUUAAUGAAUUCAUCUAGCCCAACUGAGAGAGAUCUUUUCCUGGCUAGUCCAUACAGGGCUGGGUUAUCUACGGACCUAGUCAUAGAACAGAUGUCGAUGUGCAGUGUUGAAACAUUCGGUGGCUUGACAAGAGGAACUCAGGUGGAUGAAGCCCAGAGGGCACAGCGAAUCUUGUCCCGGCCAUUCGCUACAUUUUUGCCAGUUGAUAAGGAAUUUCAGAUAAAACCUUAUAUAGACUUGUCCUGCAGAUACUCACUGGACAUCGGUCUGAGAAGGUCCACCAUGCGGGGUCUCCUCGUUUGCGUUGUACUGGCUAUUGGCGUCGCUACGGCGUCUGGUCUACGUGCCAAGACUUCGAAGCGCUUUCUUCUAAACAAUGGACAAGGUCUUACCUCGUCUCAGGAGAGUCAAAUCAAAAACGGCUUCGAUUCAGCCAAAUACAUUGCAGAUAAAAUCGACAAAGCAGAUUUUGGGGGUGUUGCAGGUGCAUUGGUAGGCAAAUUUAGCUCCUUUCUUGGCGUGUUGGGUCCAUUUGUAGGACUAGCCCUUAGUCUGUUUGGUGGGGACUCACCCGAAUUAACGCUACUUAAAAGGCUGUUCACAGAGGUUGAAAAUAGGUUUGAUCAGAUAGAUGUACAAUUUGCACAGCUUCGUCAGCAGAUCGCGUUCAUUCCAACGCAGGUACACUUUACAGACUUGGAAUCAAACAUCAAUGCCGUACAGUCAGAACUCAUCACCUUGUCCAAAGUUACCAACUUGGCAGGCUACAAAUAUGAGGCAGGUGAAUUCAAAAACACAUACGAUCGCACCUACGAAUCAUCCGGCGUUAAACUGUUUCAAGGGAUUGUUCAUGGUGGUCUGACAACUGGUGGAAUUUUUCAAGAAUUCAUGGCCCACAGCGGCAAUGACAGAAGAGCAACACAGAAUUUCAUGCUUGGCACCUUGAACCUCUUGAUGAGAGCUGCUGCAUUGGAAAUGACGUAUGCCGAAAUCAACAAUGAUCCAAACCACGCUCUUAAGCAAAGCGCUUGGGCAGAUCGCUUCACACAAGUUAAAAACAAAAUGGUGGCGCUUGAUAAUGAGAUUGUCAGAAAUUACCAUACACAAAUGACCAGGGACGUCAACGACUUCGCAACAACUCACCCGAAAGGCGGACUGAGCAAUACGGACUUCUCUUCUCAACUGUACAGCACGUUAACAAAGAAGUUUUACUGGCGUGAUUGGUUUGUGGUUGCCGCAGCGACGUAUGGCACAGACAAGCUGAUCAGCCACGCGUGUGAAUACAGCCAGCACGAUAACCACGGACGUUCCAUCUACAUUGCCAGCGUUGACAAGUCAAAGAAAGUCAUGGACACGCAUGCUGCCUCCGCUGCUACUAGUGGUUUGCAUUUAUACAGAUCUUUCGUCGGUCAUGGUGAUCUACAACGCCAUUACGUGUGUGUCAAUGCUGCAGACGGAUACAACGGGCUGCCCGACUCUGCUCGGAACCACUGCAACACGUACGCAGCUGCUGGGGUUUACUGUACCCACAACACCGACAUCCACUUACACGCUCCAGCUGCUAGGUUACACUCGUACACGGCGCACGGAGCUAACCGUGUCUACUUGUUUGGUUAAUUUUCUUGAAAACAUGAUCUUGAUCUAGUGGAAAAUAUACCACAAAAAGAU